UUAAAGUCACGACAGCUGUGGCCAUCUUAAAAUCGACCAUCAUCAAUGAUCAUCAUUCAUCAAUAACUAUUAAUUGUCAAUAACAACAAAUAUUCAUCAAUCAGUUAAUAUGCAACAAUUAUUUGGUUUAAAUGAGUCUGGUGAUAUGGUGCAACCAACACAACCACAAUAUGGUGCACCAAUUGGUGGUCAACCAGGUCCACAACAAGCAACACAAGGACAUUCACCUGGUAAUACACAAACAAGUGGACAACCAGCUGAUCCAGAACAUCGUAAAUUAAUUCAACAACAACUUGUAUUAUUAUUACAUGCACAUAAAUGUCAAAUACGUGAACGUUCAGCAACAAUUGGUGAUCCAUGGCGUUGUACAUUACCACAUUGUACAACAAUGAAAAAUGUAUUGACACAUAUGACAACAUGUGAAGACGGUAAACAAUGCUCAAUGCCACAUUGUAGUUCAUCUAGACAAAUAAUAACACAUUGGAAACAAUGUCAACGCACUGAUUGUCCUGUAUGUUUACCAUUAAAACAAGCUGAUAAAAUGAAAGCAGCAACUAAUGCUAAUGCAAGAAUAGCUGUUGCAACUGCUACAAAUCAGCAAACAACUCAUAAUAACAACAAUGAUAGUAAUAAUCAGCAACCAAGUUCAAGUCAGUCAGAAAUGCGUCGUGCAUAUCAUUCAUUGGGUAUGCAAUGUCCAACAACACCACAGAGUUUUAUGCCCGGUGGUUUAGGACUUGGUACCAGUCAAUCAGUUAACAUGCAACAAUUAUUUGUUUUAAAUGAGUCUGGUCAGGUACAAGGAACAGAAGAACGGCAUCAAUCAGUAACACCGGAUAUACGUAAUGAUAUUGUUCAAAAAUUAAUAAAACUACUAUCAUCAGCACCAGAAUCACAUGCAAUGUUUGAUAACGAAUUGCAUAAUUCAGUUGCAUAUGCAAUAAAAGCUGAGAAUGAUAUAUAUGAAAUGGCUAAUUCAAGAUUUGAAUAUUAUCAUUUAUUGGCUCAAAAAAUAUAUAAAAUUCAAAACGAACUUGAAGAUAAACGUCAAGAACGUAGAGAACAACAACAAUUAGCUCAACAACAACAACCAUUACCAUCAUGGAGACAAAGUCCAAGCUUACAAUCAUCAAUGUCAACAACACCAACUGGAUACAUUGCAUCACAAGGAAGUGCACCACUUGAUGCAUCAAUUGUUCCAUCAAUGUCAGCAUUAGACAUCAACAAUCAAUAUCAAUAAUAAUGAUAAUAAUAACAAAGAGAGAAUAAAGCAGUCAUGAAAAAUUUGAUACAAACUGGAACCAACGAUGGCUGAUCAACCAAGGGCCAAUCAAUUCCAGAGAAUAAUAUCAUUGAAAAAUUGCACAUGGUCUUUUUAAUAAAUUUUUCUGUAAUAUUAUUCAAAAAAAUCACGAUCAUUUAAAAAUAGAAAACUAAAAUACAUCCUGGUUAUUUUGUUUUCAAUUUUUCCAUAAAAAUGAAAAUAAAAUUAAAGUUUUAAAACUUUUUCAUUGUGACGAGAUGUUUUAUAUAUACUAGCACCAUGACUAAAACGGAUACGUACUGUUGAUACAGACUAUAUUGAAAUAAUUUAAAAUUUUUUCAUUUUACAUUUAUUUAAAUAAUAAAAUUAACUAUUAAAAAAAAUUUAUUUCAGUUUUUUAUAUUACACAAAAAAUAUUUCAUUCACAAAAAACUAUUAUUAUUUUAUUUGUAUUUGAUAAAGAUUAGUGUAUUUAAUUAUUUUGGGAAUUUUUUUUUUAAAAAAGCAACUUUUAAUUUUAUAUUUGUUAAUUUAAUUUAAUUUGUAUAAUUAAUAAUUGUUAUAAAUAAUAAUAAUAAUAAUUAUUAUUAAUGUUAGUAUAUGUAUUUUAAAAAAUUUAUAUUUUUUUAUUUUAAUUAUUGAUAGCUUGUGGGUAAUUUAAUUAUUAGAGGAGUUGUUUUAGAUACAUUUUUUUUUCUUGAGAAAUGAUUUUGUUAGAUGGAAAUUAAAAUUAUUAUGAAAAUUGUAAUGAGGAAAAAUUCAUUGGUAAGUUGCCGACAAUUGUUCUUGCAAUUUGAUAUUUUAUUUUAUUUUUUUCCAAGGGGUGAUCAAAUUAUUAUGUAACAGUAAUAAUAUAAUUUAUAAAAAGGAUAUUAUUAUAAUGUAAAGUCACAAUGUAUGACCUAAAUUAAAAUGCAUGAGUCGUAUUUAAAUUAAAAAUGAGUCGAUUAAAAAUCAUAGGAAAAUGAAUGAUUAUAUUUUGAAAAGAGUUUAAUAAUUUGAUAAUAUAAAAAAGUGCUGAACAUUAAUGAAUAAAUUAAUGAUUAAUUGAUUAUAAUUAAAUUCAAAUGAAAAUCAAAAUUUUUAUAUGUUAAGUUAUUUAUUGUUAAAUUUAAAAUAGUUGAAAAAUUAAUUUUAAACAUUUGAGAUACAAAAUUUAUAAUUUUUAAUUACAAUUUGUUUUUAAUGAUUUUUUUUUUCAAUUAAUUUCCAAAAGUUUUAUGAAUUAUAUUUUUAUAUGAAUUUUUUUUUAAAUUUUAUUUAUGAUUUUGAUAUUAAAAGUAAAAAUUUAUUAUUCAAA